GGCAGGGAGACGAUCUUGGGAAUCAAUACUGGGCCUGCGCUGGUUCCUCCACCACACCACCGCCAGCACCACCACGCCGCCACACACACACACGCCGCCACACCAGUCGUCAUCUUCACACACCUGUCACCAUGGAGGCCCAAGAUGGCGUCCGGAGCCGGCCAACAGCCCACUCCGUUUACACAGGUGUGGGAGACGAAGAGGGAGAGGAAAAUGUGGAGGAGCUGCGGGAGCGCCUUCGUCAGAUGAAAGCCAUGGUGAGCGAGCGGGCCAUCACCAGGAAGUCUGGUAUCGAUGAGGGUUUCCUGAGUGUGGUAUUCGCCUGUAUCCUUGUAGUCAUUGCAGGAGUCACCCUGUAUGCCUUUGUUGUCCUCUAUGCUGCUGUCCACAGACGCUGGACAGAGAACCCUGAUGAUUGAAAAACUCGAUUUUUUCCCAUCUGCAACUCCAGUCAACAUUUCCCAAGAACAAUUACUACAUUACCUAUUUCUGUGAGUCUAUUAGUUGUUGUUAAGUGAGCAUUUUAUAAUAAAAAUUGGUAAAUGGGGAUAAAUAAGGUGCAAUCAAACCCAUUAACCCUAUUUGGGUAAAUGUUUUUGUUUUUGGUGUAUUAAAAAGACAUUUGGAUGUUUAAAGUAAAAAAGAAAAUCAUGGAACAAAAAUAUAAAGAUGAAAGCUUAAAUGAUACAUACGUAUUAUCUCAAAAUUCACUCGGUUGACCUUUAGGAAAGACUUUACUUAUCUUGAAGACUUAAUUAAGAAGAGGAAAUGGGGCUAUAAAUAUUAUACCUGGGUUUAUAUACUAGGACCCUGUAUCUACAAAAUUAUAUUACUGGUCCCUUAAUAGAUUAAAUGGCUUGUUUACUUAUUAGUUCACCAGGUGCCAUGUGAUGAACUAUGAACAUAGAAUGGUCUCUGUUGAACCAUGUGAUGAACUAUGAACAUAGAAUGGUCUCUGUGGAACCAUGUGAUGAACUAUGAACAUAGAAUGGUCUCUGUGGAAACCAUGUGAUGAACUAUGAACAUAGAAUGUUUUCUGGAACCACUUGACAUGGUUUUAACAACCAAAUAUAAGUCAACAAACAUUUUCAUAAUAUACAACAUGCAUUUCAGAAUUGGUGACAUAUAUCACCAAUUAGAUCAGUUUGCUGUGUAUGGCACCUUAGUUUCUAAUGGGAAAUGCCAUAAGAAGCAUCACACACACACUACAUAAAACUGGCAUACAAUUAUGUGUAGUGUAAGUGCCAUUAGUCAGGCACUAUGUAUGAUAUACAGACUUAGUACGUUAAAUGUUGGAUCAUGCCAAUAACAGGAUGGGUUAGAAUCUAGACAUAGCCACACCCUUUACUAGAGGGGGAUUUCAACAAGACAGGGUUAAUUUCUAUUCCAUUUAAAUUUGGAUGCCAGAUACAUAUACUAAAGUCUUGCAAGCAAACUGUGCCCUAAAUCACAGUGCUGUCAUUAUCCACUACUUAUUUAUAGUUAUUUAAAUCCAACACAUUUUAUUUAUACUGAACUUUUACAUAUAUCCAUGAGUGGUCAAUCUGGGCAAAUCAGAGACUUCUUAGCAAACUGAAGAAAAAUGUUCUUUCUUAUUAGCAUACAAAUUAUAAUUGAUAUAGUCCCAAUAUAUGUGACUAUUGAUAAAACCAGCGUUGAAUGUAAUGAAACGCCAAUUUCUGGGUGAGCCCCGAUGGCUCCCUGAAGCUACUAUACUGAUAGUGCCAGACUAAAAGGUGCCCAUCAGUUACGGAGUUCUUACUGGCCUACCAGGGACCACGAGCCAGAACUUGGCUCCCUCAAAGAGGCGCAAGGAGUAGUGGGCCCUAUGAAAAAAUAUCUAUGUAAAUUUAAUAAUGUCAGCCACCACCAAGGGAAGGUAUCUAUAAAGUCAGCAAAACAAAAACAGACCACUGCUUGGUAAGAAACGAGACCACAGGUCGACAAUUUAAACAAGCACUGGAAAAUUCAUGAAAUUAUUGUGAGAUAAAUCACCCCACCUCCCCCUCCUCGUAUCGGAGGAGGAGGAAGGAGACAGACCAGCAGGUCAGCCGACUGCUCCACCACUAGUUCUUAUAAUGGAAACCACUGCGACACACCUGAGGGAGGGAGGGGUAUCAGGGAGCCACUGGGGCUCACCCAGAAAUUGACGUUCAUUACAUUCAACGCUGGUUUUUUGGGGGAAGCCCUUUGUGACUCCCUAAAGCGUGCACUCAUGAAGGAAGAAAAGCCUUGAUAGCCUUAGGUGGGUGUUGGGUUCGUUAUGUUUCUGGUUAGGUGAAACAGUCGCACCUUUUACGGAGUAGCAUACCCAAAGAUGGGCAUUGUGUUACGAUCAAAGUUUCAUUGUUCCUCUUCGUAAAAAAUGCGAUUGUUUUGCUUAUCCCGAACAACCCACCUAACCCAUCGAUGGAGAUGCCUAGAAAACAGUGUUUAAGAACAUGGAGACGUAUAGGUGAAGGGAAACAUUUGGAAAUGGGAAUUUAAGAAGCUGGAGAGGUACAGGUGAAGGACAAAGUUUGGAAAGGGAAAUUUAAGAUGUAGAGGUACAGAUGAAGGUGAAGGGAAAGAAAAACUGACGCAAAGAGGUCGACAUCCCGGCAUCUGGUAAAGCCACAGGAAGGAAGUGGCGUCGACAGUCAAUUUCAUAGAGGCGGGAAGGAACCAGGACAGACUGUCGGCCUGAACAUUGGACACUUUCUGAACGUGAAUAGCAUGAAGAGCCAAACCCUGAGAACUCAGCAGGCGAGUUACUCGAAGAGAGUAGCUCCAAAAAGACAGGGACCAAAGAGACUCCCCCUAGUUGAGACAUUGAACCGUGGGGGAAGAUUUCAAAUGGAGCCAGAUCACAGAACCCACUAGAAUCUGAACCCUCUGCAGCGUCUGCUACAUGGCUGCAACCUCCGAACUACACUGUGUGCCUGACGGAGGAAAGGAGGCCAACAACCCUGGCCAGACUGGUGAGCGCUGGUCAUAAAGCCCUAACCAAGAGUUAGGAGUGGGGAAGGGGGGGGGGGAGGCACCAAGGAAAAAAACAUCAUUUUUUGAUGGUUGAAAAAAUUUGAUUUUUUUUUCAUCAAAUUCCAUGAGGAAGCCAGCGACACAGCAGCUGGCGCAGGACCCCCUGGAGUCUGCAUCCAGCGAGUGCAAGAGUGGCAAAAUUGGCUGCUCCAAAGAAACCAAAACAGCCACUGAAGCCAAAGCCUGCCCAGAGAAAAGAGCAGAAGGGCAAAGUUCAGGCUCCCGCACAACUCCUGGAGCAACCGCCAAGUCACCCAGCGUCCCAUCAAUACCAAGAGAUGGCAUUGCUGUAGCCAGAGCAAGGCCGUGGGAGGCAGGGAAAGUGAUGCCGACCAAGAGUCCCAAAAGUGGCCCAACCAAGUCUGAACCUGGGACGGAACCAACCAGGAAUUCUGCCAGGUCACCAGCGUUCUUGCAAUUUGGUUCUUUCCCAGCAGGCUGGGUAAGAACCAAAUCUCUGGUUAGCAGAGACACAGAUUGGCUGUGAGCCGAUGCCAGCCUGUGGUCGAGGUAGACAACACCCUGACACUCAACAACCAAAGACAGGCCACCACAACCCAAGCACGUAAAAAUGCAGAGUGCCAGAUUGAGCCCAAAUGGGAGAACCUAAAUGUAAUUGGGUUCGUGGAAAGUACGUAUGACCCAGCAUCAGGCUCUAAGGAUUCUACCUCGACCAAUAUGAGGCGAGGCCUAGCUCAAUCAAACUGCCAUGGAAGGCGAGAACAACACCCAGAAACACAAGUCAGAAAGAGGCCGACCAGCAGUGGCUGCAGAAGACAGGAACUGAGAAAUAAUGUCCCCAAGAAACAGGAACGCGGAAAAGGGGAGAAGUGGAGAUGCCGAGCCCAUGCCGAGACCAAGGACCAGGCCUACACAGCCUGUCGACAUACAAGAUGGGAAGCGAAAACCGCGGCCACUACCUCCCGAAGGAUUGGAGCAUAUAGUUCGAGGAGGCCGCCAAUGCAGAAGCAGUAGAGCCCAGAACCCAUACAAGAGAACUACACUGAGUGUCCCAACAUCCUCCUUGAGCUAAUCACAAAGAAACACCAGGAGGCUCAAGAAGCACACGAUGGAGCCCAAGUGCAAGCAAGCACGAUGGACAUCCGCAGCUAACGCAGCCGACAAAUGAGUAACAUGAGCAUGCAGCUGCACAAGACCAACAUCACGGGAGAGUGCAGAAGCAAAGAGGCAUGCAAUGAGAGGUACCAAAGAGCCCCCCAGAAACACCUGUAACACAGGAGACACCUCCCGCCACUCAAGCGCAUGGGAACAACAGAAACACUGCAAAGCCCCAAGGGUAAAUAAAGGACAGUCUGCCAGCCAGGAUGACUUCGGAAACUCAGAAUGCAACCAAAAAAGGGCGAAGAGCCAAACUUAAAAAAAAAAGAGACCGGGGACCAAUACUGAGGCAGAAUCCAGGUCGCGCUGAAGGUACUCAUAAAGGGCUCCCGAGCCCCAGCCAGAGAAAGUGAGAGGAAGUCUGAAAGGACGAAACCAAAGAACCCAAAAGCACUCGGAAACGAACCCAGGGAUGAGCCACACCCACAUCGAAUGCACACAGUGAGGGAGAAAAACUAAACCCCACCCCUCCCCCAGCAAUAAAAAAAACUACAGAAGGCAUUAAGCCAAUGAAGAGUCAAACGGGACCCAAGGGCCCAAUAUUGACUCCCCCAAGCCUAAGAAACCACAGAAGAGGGCCCCAGGGCAGAGCCUACUCCACCACCCAGGAUAGAAAAGCAAUCCUAAGGGAAUGGCCUCAGAAAAGGGGGGGGGGGGAAGAUAACCGGAAGACCCAGAAGCCUCAGGGAAAAUGGUAGGCUCGACUGCCUCCAUGGCCAGGUCGGAAGGGGCAAACCCCGGAUCCGUCCAAGCCACAUCCCAAGCUAAACCCCGCCCUAGCCUCAAAACCCUCAGAUGCAUCAGGGACAGAAGAACCGGGGGGGGGGGUGGGGGGGGGGUAUAAUAAUGGCCACACACCCACCGGGGAAGGAAGAGGUGCUGACAGAAAAAAAAUACAGUUGAGGAAACUAGCACCCCCAAAUCGAAGCAGGACAGCUAACUUGGACUGCAGAAACACAAAUGCAAAGCGGUCGCUGUCAGAUAUUCUGGAACAUCAAGAGGAGGGUGGAUAAGAAGAGCAAUGCGCAGCAAACAAGUUUCACAUGACUCUAGGUCGAAGGUGUCACUGACCCAACAGGCAGCAUGGCAGUGACAAAGAAUGAACGUCGCCUGGUGACACAGAUUCGUGGCCACCAGGAAUCUGGUGGCCAAAUGGCCAACUCUCAAUAUCUCACAAAGCGAGAGCAGGUUUGGCAAAGGUAUCUACAGUACCAUCGAACCCACUGGGAAUAUCCAAGGUCUGCAGGGUGAGCUCCCUGCAGGUAUAUUCGGGCACUUACAAUGCAACGCCUGUAACCCCCUAUACAGCAGUAUAGUCACCCCUUGAAAUUCGACGCCAGUGGAAGGGCAAGAGACCACAGCGGAUGAUUCACACCCAGACUUUAGGUAAAACCUAAUGGAAGCAGGAACAGUUUGAAUAAAACCCCUAAGUGGAAUGCAGCCCAAAUGGAACAAAAAGCCUCGAAGGAUCAAACAAUAAAACAAGGACCGCAAACUCUCAAGGCACCAGGCCACGGAGAAUGAGUAAACAAGGUAGAAACGUAGACCCAACCAGGCAUAUAAGCUGGAGGGACCACCUCAGCAAGCCAGCAAGGUUAGCACAAACCAUAGUGCGCCCCACCAGACAAAAUCCACUCCUGACCCGUGGAAAAACAGACAGUCCUAGACAACCAGUUUACCUGAUGAGCGAGGGCCACCACAUGCGAGAAGACCCCCUAAGGGAGGGGAACCCCGAACCCUGACAGCACAAAGAUAGUACUCCACGAGCACACAUUGAAGGAAACCCUGAGCACAUGCAGCUUCAAGCACACUAAACUCCUGGCUAAUGCUGCACAAACAUGUACAAUAACAGCUUCAAAAGCAAACACCAGUAACCAGAAGACAGGAGACAAGAGCCAGAGCGAACUGAGAGGGCAACCAGCACUUUCUACAUCAGUAUAAGAACUGAUGGUCCACUGGAACAGCCGGCUAACUCAGUCUGCCUCCCUCCCCCACAAACAAGGGGAGUGGUAGCUUGCACUAGUUUCAUGAAUUUUCAAUUGCUUAUUUUCAUUGUUGGGGGAGUUCUCUCAGAUGAUUUGGAGCUAGAGUCUCGUUUCUAACCAAGCAGUGGUCUGUUUUGUUUCACUGACUUUCUGAGUGCCUUCCCUUGGCUGACUUGAAUAAAUUUACAAAGAAAUUUGUCAUAGUCACUGUUCCUUGCACCUCUCUGAGGGGGUCAGGUUCUGGCUCAUAGUCCCAGUAGACCAAUAAGAACUCUGCAACUGAUGGCACCUUGUAGUCUGGCACUAAAUAAGUAUAGUAGCUUCAGGAAGUCACUGGGUUCCCCGAAAAUACAGUAUUACAGUACAAAAUUGAUCAAUACUUUAUCAGCAUUGAUACAUGAUACAACUGUGGAACUUCUACAACAGUAUGAUUUGUCUUAGUGAAAAUAAUGUAUGGUUAUACCAAAAGCAUUUGGUCACAGUAAUAACUUGACUUAUCAAGUUCCUAGCAUUGUGAAUGAGUUGUAUUAAUAGUCACAUAUUAAUACAACUUAUUCCUCCAUUAAUAUGAGACUAGUUAACACUGACAAUAAUAUGAAUCUUACUGUGAACCAUUAAGAAUGAUGAUGGAAUUUACAAAUAGUUUAAGUCAAGAAUAUUUUUUCAAUUUAUACACUGUAAUGUGAAGAUUGAUAUUGCUGAUUCAUAUCAUUUGCACUCCUAUUAUAGUGAAGCACAAAAUGAGUCAUCAGGUUUAUAAAGACUAUACUAGCUUAUAGGGACUCUGUGGUCAGUGACAUGUAAUGUUUAUCUGAAGGGACCAGAAUAUUACUUGUCGAAACCUUUGUUUGGUGCAGAGUUCUGUCUGAGCUUCCAUGAUCUCAGUGUGUGUUGUGUGGUGGUGAAGGAACAUCGUCGUCCCUUCAUUUUCUAGUGUGUGGUCUGGUCAACAUAGUUCAGCCACAUUAUUGUAACUCAUCGCCUUCAUGUGGUGGUGAAGCUUGGCAUUUAAUGUUUUUGUUACAUUACCAAGUGUGAUACUGUUAAAAGCAAUCAUAAUUGCAACCACUCUUCCAUCAGACUUUGUACAUUAGAGUUGCCAUGUUAAUGUCUUUAAUGAUCCUGCUGCAACAGUGUUUGGCCCAUUUCUUUCUAAGCCAUAAUGUGUCAUGACCUGGGAUGAAGGCAAGUUAGAAGAUAAGUGAGUAUGUACUGGUAUAAAAAUAAUCUAUUUUCCAGCUAAGGAUCUGCCUUGCGUCUUUUCAAGAGAACAGAAUUUAAGCAAGUUAAAUAUAAUCUGAAGAUUAAUGUUCUAUUUUAAAUAUGUAUGUAUGAUAUAAAAUGAACAAUAGUAAUCCUGAACAAUUAGAAGAAUACUGCAGUGCUCUUAGUACCAAAAAUAAAAGUAAAUAUUUGCUAAACUACGUGUACAUUAUUUGUGAUAGCAGCAAAACAUUGUUACAGUAUUUAGUUACAAUGCAUGCCAGCUUUCUGAGGUAAUGUGACUACUCUAACAAAUUUGAGGCAAUGUGGUUCCUAUGCAUUUGUUGGUUUACUAAAAUCAUUGUAUUUUAAUGUUUGCACAUGCACAAAGAAUUCUAUACAAUACCGAGAUGAAUAAUUUAGUGUGUAUUACUAAUAAGAUGAUGCAAUGUCUGGCAAUUAUAUUAUUAUUACAUUCUGACCUUAACUCUUUUUAUUCACUACAUUGGCCAGUUUGCUAUAACUGUAUACCAGCUCCUGUAUGUCAUGGCCUUGGGACAACUAUUACUUAAAUUAUUAGUAUUAUGAGCAAGAGGUAAAAAUAUGUGAAAAUGAUAGGGUGACAGCAGCAGGCAACACAACUUGUGAUGACUGUAACUCAACUUUUUGAACAAAUGUCAGAUGUGGGAGUAAAUAUGGAUGUGGCUGCCUGGUUUUAUGAAGCCAUCAUUUUGUCAUCAUAAUUUAAAACUUUCUCAUUCAUACACACUGUAAUCUUUGUAAUUAACUGCCUGCAUCCUAUUGUAUGUGAUUUUUACAUGAGAAAGUUGAACAAUACUUAUAUCACCUAUUUUCAGUACAGCAUUAUAAUUUUGUAUCAGCAUAAGAUUUUGACACUAACUGGUUUCCUGUGAUGUAAUAGAGAGGGUUGGGGAACUGACCGUGGGUGACUUUCUCUGUGAAACCUGAAGUGCAUCAUGUGUCCUUCUGUAAGGCUGUGUGGCUCAGGGGAGUGCUAAAACCCACUAUUAAUAAACUGGCCAGUGGGCUGAAGCUUACCCGGCCAAUAAAUUGGUACAUUAUUUCUA